UUUCUUCGUAUAAGAGACUAGAAUGUGUGUAAAGAAGUGUUGAUAGAUACUGGAAUAGGGUUCAUAUGCAGUCAAAUAGGACUUGAAAAGUGGACAGUUCCGUUACGGUUGUGUUAGGUGAGAUUGUAGAUGUCACUACUUUACGAUGCAGCGAGCACCUGCCCAAGAAAAGACUACGAUAAAGCAUUAUCUUGAGUCCGAUAAUUCAUUAAUUUCUCAUUGAUCCACGGUUAUAAAUAGGAAAUAACUGAUUAUAAUUUAUGUUUGCCAGAAAAACUAUCCCUACAAAUUAUUAGCUACCAUUCCUUUCCUGUGUUCUUUUCAUCAUUACCUCUUUUGCUAUGACCUAGAUUCCAAUGAUUGACAGCUCAGAUGUUGACGUUCUCUUGAUCAAAAUGGCGACGUCCUGUGAGAAAAACUGUCUCCAGCUCCUUAUUCCGUAAGUAGUAGGAAGCUGUCGACAUUUUUAGGACCGUCGAUCAGACACAGGUCACUUAAAGACUUGAUCUAUCGGUUAACUUAGUUACGAAUAACAUGUUUUGCUAUUUAAAACUUUUAUCGAGAAAGUGACUAAGUUACUUUGGGGAUUAUCAGAAAUGAUGGCGUCAGGCGUCCGCAUUGAAAAACACUCCAGAUAAAGUUAGGGUGCACAUACUGCAACCAGAUCCCCGCCUGCGAGAGUAGGAUAGAAUGGAGGAGAAGCACCGAGAACUUUUGCAGCAACACAGAUCGAAAUUUGUGCAAUCCGUCGACGUAGAGAGAUUGUAUCCCAUCUUGAAAGGAACCGAAACGUCCCCAGGUGCCUUAAGGAACGAGGACAUCCAGGAAAUAAGUCAGCUGCCAAGUAAAGAAGAGAAGGUAGAGAAGUUGUUAGAUGUCCUGCCAGCUGCGGGUCCUCAAGCCUUCCAGGCUCUGUGUUUGGCUCUGGAGACCACCUAUCCACACUUGUUAACAGUCAUGUUUCUGGGGACAAAAUCUCCACCCCAAACUGAUUCUCGCUCACCGUCAGCUUCCCUAGCUUCAUCCUCAUCAGAUGAUGUCCUCCGUAAUACCCCUGAUACAGAGGAUGACAGUAGUAGUCAGGAUGCUCCCUAUCCGUCAUCUACAUACAGGCGUAAUGGACCGCCAUCCCAUGAUUAUGACUUCAACCAAUCCAACCUUCAUCUCCUGAAACAGGAGUUGAAAUUAGUGGUGCAAGAUAGGGACCACCUGAAAGAGGAACUGCAGAAGACACAGUCCCAGUUAGACUCCUAUUCCAAAAUGGCUUCUAUGGGCAGUGGCGACACAAAGAAUGUGACUGACAAACAUUUGGUGCGAGAUUAUGAUUGGUUAAAGACCCAGUGCGAUGCUGCAAUGAACGAACUUCAAACGAUGAAGACUCAGUUGAGCAUUACGAUGAAUAAGUGUGACAAGGCCGUCAGGGAGAGUGAUUACUAUCGUAAUGAGCAUCGUAUCUCUGUGGACAAGCUUGAAGGCACGCGUAUUGAGCUGCAUGCUCAGAAACAAGAAAUUAGUGAAUUACAAGGAGAAAAACAACGGCUACAGCAAGAGGUGAUUGAUCUUCAAGAAUCACGAGAAGAAAAUAAACACGAAAUUGAAGAACUCAGAAAACAACAGCGUGAAGUCAUUUCAGAAAGUGGUAGUAAUGAAAUUCUCACACGCAUGUAUGACACUGCAAUUGAAAAAUAUGAAGCAAUCAGAAAGGACAACGAGUCCCUUAGUAAACGAUACGCAGACUUAAUGUCCACGCGUGAUAUUGCCAUUCACAAAUUAGAAUCUGUGCAAGAGGAGAAUACGCGACUUAAGAAACAAUACACGGAUGUAUGUAAUGAGCGAGAUCGCGCAAUCAAAGAGCGAGUAGCACUUCAAAAACAAUGCACUGAUGUUGUGAGGCAGUGGGACAAAUCGCUGCGUACAGUGGAAGACUUGCGAGAACAGUUAAGCAAGACCCAACAACAGGCAAACCAAUCUGUUGUGCGAGUAACCAAAGAAAUAGCUCGCCUAACGGAAGAGCGGAAUGCAGCCAUAGAGGAGUACAGAUUAGUGAUGUCUGAAAGAGGGCAGGUACACAAAGAAAUGGAACAACUGCAAGAUAAACUUAAUGAGGCAAAUAAGAAAGGAGAAGUUUAUGAAAAAGACAAGAAAACAUUGAGAGAUGAAAUAGAAACAUUGCGCCAUGAGAUUACAUCGGCAUUACAUGAUCGUGACAAAGCUAUUAAAGAGUGCAACGAUGUCCGUGUCAAAUACGGUGAUAUUGUCACUGCAAAGAUUGAAGUACAGAAAGAGAGAGAUGAGGUACGCAGAGACGUUGAAAUGUUAACACACGAACGAAAUGUGGCACGGAAAGAACGCCAUGAAGCAUUAGAACAGCGAGAUCGCAUUAUACGUGAAACUUGGAAACUGGCAGAUGAAAAAGAAUAUUCCACUAAAGAAGCAGAGAUGAAGAAGGAGAUUGAAAAACUAAAGGAAGAUGUGGAGGAAGUCAGAAAGGAAGCUGAGACUGCCAAAAACCGCCGAGACUGGGCAUUCAGUGAGCGAGACAAAAUUGUUCUGGAACGCGAGAGCAUGCGAGCACUCUGUGAUCAGCUCCGUCGUGAACGUGAUCGCUUAGUAAGCGAACUUGGAGAAGCUCUUAGAGAUUCUGAUGAGCUUAAGAAGGAUAAGAGUAAAAAGGAGAAGGAACUGAAGACAAUAAAAGAGCACUAUGAUGCCAUGCUUGAUAAAGAAAACCGCAAGCAACAGCUGAAUGCUAUUGGUCACAAUCACAGUCGUGAUUCUGCCAUAGACACCGAUCUACAGGAGUGGGAGACGGAAACAUUAGAGGUUGAUGUGGGUGGUGUGAAUGAUGAAGACUUUGGGUUCGAGCUGGUCGGAGGGCGUGAUGACCCACGAUUUCCCAGUGAUUACUCCAUCUUUGUUGGCAGUGUUACUAAAGGGAGUGAUGCAGAUGGGAAACUCAAAGUGAAUGAUGUAGUCUUGAAGGUGAACAAUGUUGAUGUGACAAAUGCAGACAGACUGGUGGCUGUGCAGGCUAUACAAAAUGGAGGAGGCAUUCUCAAUAUGGUCAUUCGUCGAAGAAAGUGCACCACUAAAGCAGUACAACCAGUGCAUUUGAACAUAUCUGGCAACAAGCAGAUAGGUAUUCACCCAGAGCUUGGUAUGUACAUUGGAAAGAUAGUGCCUGGAACAGCUGCUGCCAGAGAGAGCAAUCUGGCCGUGGGAGAUCGUCUUUUGACUGUAAAUGGUCGCUCAGUAGAUGGAAAAUCUGUGUCAGAUGUACUGUCCAUUAUGGAGAGCAACAGCGAUUGUCUUAGUCUCAAUGUACAGAAGUUUAUUCCGGUGCCAAGUUCAUUUCUCCCAUCUGGGUGCCAGAGCAACCAAAACCUUAUGGAGGGGAUACAAGCCACCCCUCAGACUGUAGAAACUACCAUCGGCUCACAACGAUUUCCUAAAUUUUGGAUCGACAACAGUUCAAAGCAGAACAGUGCUUCUAAUAAAGGAUCUCAGUCGGGGAGUUCCGAGUGCUCCACUCCAGGUCACACACCGAGAAAGUUUGGAAAGAAAGACGAAAACAAGGAAAAUAUUCCCGAGAAACGGAGUUCUCAUCAUGAGAACUUCAUCACCUUAGCAUGGGACAAACUUGUGAAUCGUUCCAGGCAUAAACAAGAGAAAGAGCGACUCAGCAAAAGUGGCACUGCCAUCACCGACACCAGUCUUAAAACUGCAGAGGAAGAUGCUCUUACACAGCUCAAUUCGGUGCUGGACGAUAUUGACUACAAACCCCGUGUAGAAAAACGAAAGCGUGUGAAGAUUGAAGAGAAUGGAGGUACCUGGCCAAAAUAUAGGGGUGCUUUAGAAUUCACCAGUGCGGGGACCAUUUCACUGGUACCAGGGGAGCACAAGAAAAAAGAGCGACCAGGAAUACCAGAGAUGUUGUCACAGCAAACUCCAAAUCAACAACAACAGCUGCAAGAGCAACAGAAACAGCAACCGCAACAAUAUGCAUCCCCAAGAUCAGCUUAUCCAAAGAUGACUCAAAAUAUCCCUGGAGUUUCUUCCAUUGGACGGGACACAAACAAGUCCCAUCAUUUCCCAGUGAAAGUCCAUAGUCCGCAGAACUCCUCUGACAUGUCUGCCAAAUACGGACCCAGUUUUGUGGUGGAGAAACCCCCACAAAAACCACUUCAUUCAUCGUCACAGCACGGCCAUAGUAGCAAGCCAAAGUAUCCCAAAGCCACAGUGAAGCACAGUUCAGUAGACGAGAUCAGCUCUGAUGGAGAAAAGCGUUUUGAACCGCUUCAUUACCCGAACACUUCUACACCUGACAUGGACUUCUCAGUCACUUCAGGACACAACAAUUAUUAUCCCUCGCCACGACAUAGGCCAACGUCAGCGCCAUCCAACAAACGAGGCCCAGGCCACCGACCCCCAAUUAAUGCCACCUACAGUAGUCCCAUCGCAAAGCCAGGGUCGUUGGAGGUUCAACCCAUGUACCUACCAAACCAACAAAAGACUUACGGCACUCAGCCAACUUCUCCACGAGAUAAGAUUUCGCCAUUAUCAAACAAGCUGCAGGAACGAGCUGCAGGGUACCACCCAGCUUCUUACCAAGGCAUGGUGAAGUCACAGCCUGUAUAUACUCCAAGUUCAACAGCCCACCAUCGGCGAACAUCCCCCAAUGUGUAUGGACAACCUCAGUCAGUUGGUCCUCUCUUCCCAUCUACUAGUCAACCAACUUCCCCGCGAGUUACGUCUCCUCCUGGAAUUCACCAACGUCCCGAGCCACUGAGGUCUUAUAUACGCCAUGAACCCUACAGUACAUCUCCCUCGCCAUCAUUUAGCAGCAGUACAGUGGACAGAGCCACCCCGACCCCAAGCGAGGAACAGUUUCCAUACGGAGGCGUCUCUGCUCCUAAAGCGUACCACAGCAGUGGACAGUUGGAGCACAGCGAUGGUUUCUCAACCUUCCCAAAACGAGGCCAUCAUCACCCGCAUCACACUGCUCGCAUUCGCAUUCCUUCGCAAGAUUCUGUCAAUAAUUCCGUCAGCAAGAUCAUUUGGUCUGCUGGCUCUUUGUCAGAUCGCAGCAGUCCCAUGUCACCAUAUUUACACCUUGAACAUCCUGGCACUAACAGCUCAACAGGCUCCAUUCCUUCCGUUGAACCUCCCAGGACAAGAAAGAAACCUGAGAUUGGGGAGACCAGACAUAUCAGCAUUGAGAAAACAUUUCAACCACUGGGUAUUCAAAUCAAGCCAGGGAAGAAUGGCAGCGGCAUCUUUAUAUCUUCCGUGGGACAGAACAGCCUGGCCAAGCACUAUGGUCUGGAAGUUGGAGACCAGAUUCUGGAGGUGUGUGGUCUUAGUUUAAGAACUGCCAAUGAGACCCAGGCUGCCAUAGUAUUGAGGCAAUGUGGAGACAGCAUGACAAUGCUUGUGCAAUACCUGCCUGAUAAAUUUGAAGACAAUGGAGAAGAUAGUGGGUCCAGUCAGUCCUCUAGGGCCACCUCUCCCGCCACCUCCCCCAAGCUGGUAAAGCAUGGCAGCAAUGAGACCAUCACUUCCUCUACACCAACUAAUUCACCAAGAAACAAUCCAAAUAACCAGAGUUCCAGUAGCCAAGACAGCCAUGUUCCAAUGGAGCCCAGGUUUGUGUUCCUCCAGAAGUCUGCUGCCUCCAGCCUGGGUAUCAGCCUGAUAGGGGGCAACGCUGUGGGCAUCUUUGUUCACGAAGUCCAGAAGGACAGUGUGGCAUGUGGACCAAAUGGCUUACGAUGUGGAGACCAGAUACUAGAGUUCAAUGGUGUUGAUCUCCGGUCAGCCACAGCAGAGCAGGCAGCCCAUGAAUUGUCCAAACCUUCUGAAAGAGUGACCAUUCUAGCCAGAUAUGAUAUAGUCAGAUAUAACAAAAUAAGAGACCAGCCAGGAGAUUCAUUUUAUAUCCGUACCCUAUUUGAUCGCCAAGCUGAAAAUGAAGGGGAACUGAGCUUUAAGCGUGAUGAUGUUCUGUACAUAGAAGACACUUUAUACAAUGGCAUGCCUGGCACAUGGAAAGCAUGGCUUGUGGAUGACGAGGGCAACAAAUUACAGUGUGGGACCAUUCCUUCCAAAUACAGAAUGGAGGAUGAGCUUGCCAUGAAAAGGAGCCUUUCUGAAUCCUUGCAAGAGGAGGAAUUGAAAAAUGCCUCCUCUCGUCGAGGAUCUGCCACAGCGAGACGCAGUUUCUUCCGUCGGAAGAAACACCAGAGAAAUAAUUCCAAGGAUAGCCGUGAGCUGGCCUCUUUCUCAGAUGUCUCCAUAAAUACAGAUUCGGUGCCUAUUUUAGAUGAUGGAACUGUGCUGACAUAUCAGAGAGUGGAGAGAUUGGACUAUAAAGUGUGUCGCCCAGUUAUGAUCCUUGGACCCCUGGCAGAGCCAUUGAUUAAUAAACUUACUUCCGAGUCCCCAGACAAAUAUUGUCGCUGUGAAUCAAUGCCAAUGAAAGCCUUAGCAGGCAGUGUGGAAAAAGCAUUAUCUGACGGCCAGUUGGUGGACUACCGUAUAAAAGACGACCAUUAUGAGUGCAUCACUGUAGAGGCAGUCAAGCAAAUUGUUGAAAAGAAUCGCCAUGCCAUGCUGGAUGUUAGCGCCCAUGCCAUAGAGAGACUCCAUCGCCUACAGAUCUAUCCCAUAGUGCUUUACUGCAAACACAAGUCAUCUAAAGAACUGAGGGAGGUGAAGGACACAAGAUUUUUACCAGAGAAGAUGACCAGUAAAAGUGCAAAGCAGCUGUAUGAACAGUUCCAGAAAGUAGAACAGGAUUGCAGGCAUUUAUUUUCAAGUAUGGUCCAAGGGGGCAAUAGCUUGGCGUACAUGUCCACCCAGAUCAAGUCAGCCAUUGACAUUGAGCAGAAGAAGACCAUUUGGGUGCCAUCGGGGAAUAUCUGAGGCACAGUUUUCGAGGCAAAUGUCUGUCAAACUUUUAAAGAAGGAUGCUUUCACAGAAGAUUGCCACUGCAUUGGUAUUGGAGUUUGAUGAUGGUUGACAAAGAAGCAAAAUAAACAUAAUGGACAAAUUCUCAUGCAUAGAUUGUGAAAGGAAACUCUCCUUUGGUUUUCAGGAUUCCCACAAUGCUUCAACGGAAUGGUUUUAAUGGACAGUUUGGGGAUAAAAAGCUCUUUUCACCACCAGGUGAACAGUUUACUUAUAACUUUCACAGAAAUCUUAUAUUGGUCGUGGGUGUUUUACAAAAAUGUUGAUCGUUUCUCAUUGAAUGUGAAAUAUACGAUGCACAUUAUCUCUAUACACAUGACUGACAUAUGAAUCUGCUCAUUAAAAAAAGCCAUUCCUCUUUUCACAAUUGAUAGAAAAACAAACCUCAGCAAUAUGUAUUUAAUUUUCGAAAAUGGUUUAUUUUUAUGUCAGAGCAUGUGGUGCUUUUCAUGUUGCUUGAUUGCCAAACUUUAUUAGGUGGACAUAAAUGUGACUCUUGGCAAAACAUGCUUGAAGGAGGGUACAAGAAGCUGUAAGAAAACAGACUUACACCAAGAAAAUACACUUUUUAUGCCAUGACAAACUGUUUCAAGACAAACGGAAAUAUGAUCAGAAAAUCAAAUAAAUGUUUAUUCAAAAUGUACAAUGGUGAGCUUAAAUGGCAUAGUGAGAUGUAGUUUUUAGAUAAUAAUUUAGCUGUAGUGUCAUUCAGGCUAGCUGUGGCAUGCAGCCCUUGCCUGCGGUGGCGGGUUGAGGCAUAGCAUGUUCCAUUGACGUACUGCAGAAAAGCCUUGAUAUUUGAUGGUGUAAUGUAAAAGGGCUUUUACUGCAAUCAAAACAUUCAUAUUGAUCUCAUUGCCACGCCAAAGGCUUUUUGAUGUGUUUUUCCCUGCCACAGGGUGAUGUGAGUGAAGUGGCUUAUUAAAUUGGAGUUAUAGAUGCAGUUGACUUUAGAAAAGUGAUGUGGGGAUUUUACCAUGGUUUUUUCCAGUUUUGCACGUGUUACAUAAGAAUGUAAGCGUGGGCAAUUGACCUUUUUGUUUGUUUGUUUUUUUCUUUAUGAUUAAGCUGGUCCCAGUUUGCUUUAUAUGUGAAGAAGUAGCAAACUUUCCACUCUCUCUCUCCCUCUCUCAGCAAACUGUUCUAAUUCAGAAGUGGAACAUCCAAGUUGCUG